GGAAAAGUUUUAAUUAUCACGGAAAAAAAAAUAAAUUCAUUUAAUUUAAUUAUGGAAUCAAAAUUAACACAAGAUCAACUUGAUGAGUUGAAAUCUUCAUUUGCAAUUUAUGAUUUAGACGGUGAUGGAAAGAUAACAAUGCGAGAAUUGGGAUCAGUAAUGAGAGCACUAGGACAUAAUCCAACCGAAGCAGAAAUUUUAACAAUCAUCAAUUCAGUCGAUACAGAUCAAAGUGGAUCGAUUGAUUUUCAAGAGUUUUGCAAGUUGAUGUCAACAAAGAUGAGAGAAAUGGAUACAGAAGAAGAUAUAAUUGAUGCCUUUAGGGUAUUUGAUGUUGAAGGUAAAGGCCACAUUACAGCGUACGAUUUGCGUCAUGUAAUGACAAAUCUCGGUGAGAAAUUAACAGAUGAGGAAGUGAAUGCAAUGAUUUCUGAAGCUGACAGUGAUGGUGAUGGAGUAAUUAACUAUUCUGAUUUCGUUAAAAUCAUGACAUCGAAAUAAAUUUUGCG